AUGCAUGUGACAUUAACUUCGAUCAAAAGAGCGUUUGACUGUUUUAUAAUCACAGUUUUUGGAAUAGUGUCAUUUACCUUGCUUUACCGCCCAACAAAGUUAUUUCCUCUCUACAGGAAGAUAAUUGAGAAAAACAAACAUAUAGUUAGUCCACAGCCAUUGGACGUGAGCGAUGAUGGAUUUCACUUUAACCGACAAGCUCCGCAACACGACAAAUUUCUUUCCUAUGAACCACCAAUUGGUAGCUGGAGUGAUCAGCUCCUUGCUUUUCAAAAUGCCGUCAUCAUUGCCACACUACUUAAUCGAACGCUUCUUGCGCAACCACUGGUAAGCGAACUUGUAGGUAAGCGACUGAGGUCACUUGUCCGAGUACAGUUAAAAAGUGAUUCAGAGGUAUACAAGUUAAUGACAUUGAAGUUUACGGUGCCUAUCUCUGCGGUCAUCAAUAUACGACUGCUCAAUCGAUUGCUGCGCGUCAAACCAAUUCAGUCUACAUAUAUGGAAUUCCUUCAAGAAUAUAUGAAUUUCUCUUGGCAUGACGUGUGUCACAAAGAUAAUUUGGGAUUUUGGGUUGAUUUUAUUCCUUCGCCCAAAAACACGUUUGCAUGGAAAAUUCUAGAAGCCCAAGAAUUCGUACCAGUGAAAUCGUAUUUCAGCGGCGUUGAACCUGUUUGUGAGGAAGAAAUAGAAAUGAUAGACCAUAAUAUGGAAAACACUGUCCCAGUGUUGCGCGGUAUCUUAACAGAACUGGCCGCCGUCCAAAAAGACGUUAUUUACUUUCGCGGUGGAUCAAUCGCUGCCAGAGAAUUACGUUUCUUAUCUAAGAAACGCACUGCGCAGGCCCAGAUGUGGAUCAUGAAAUACAUUCAGUUUUCAAGUUAUGUACAAGAAAAAAUUAGCGCUAUAGUACAUAAUAUAAAGAAGCCUUAUAACGCUAUCAAACUCACUGAUAAUCAAAGUGAUCAAAUUUUAGACAAUAUAAUUCGGUUCCGUUUGAAAGAAAUGGAGAAAAAAUCAUUUCAAAACAUCACGAACAGGUUAUACGUCAUCUCAGAGUUUAAGAAUAAGAAAGAACUUAGUAUGUUGAAAGACAAGGGGUAUGAGUUAUAUUCUAUCACAGAUCUUGUUCCACAAGGUGUAAGUGAAAACCUAAGAUACGACGUUCAGAAGUUAUUAGGAGAAUUGAUAUCCAAGCAUGCUAGGUACUUUGAAGGACCCCAAGACUCCUAUAUGAUACAGAGGGCACGUGUUCAUGAGGCACACGUACAAGAUGGCUUGCUUACUAGCCUGAUCAGUGUUAAAUGGGUCCUCCAUACUAUAAAUAGAAACAAAAGAAUAACAGCGAGGAAAAGCAUGCCAGAAAGGACAAUAGCUCACAAUGGACUAGUAAUUUUCAUGUGUAAGUUAUGCAGAACAAUGCAAAGCCGUCUAAGGCAAAGAACCUGUAGAUCAGCCUUAAACGAAUGUGAUAGACGGUAUUCUUGAUUUGCACGAUAUGGCCCCCAACUUGUCCCCUAUUCUCUAUGUGGUUUUGCAAUGCAGAGAGAGAAAGAGUUUUUUCUAAAUGACAGUUACAUUUGCAAAUGAAAACCUCAAUAUCUACGUAACUAUGUAUAAGAAACUACUUAAACCAAAGCUACCUUUA